AUGCAAUUCGGGCCGAUUGGUGAAGAACAUCUAAUGCUGAUGGCAACACAGUUCGAAGGAAAACAAAAUAUCGGUGAAAAAAUCGACAUUAUUUUAAUGUUACUCUACAAGAAUAUAAUUCCGUCAUUUUCUAUAUUCAUAUAUAUUGCGUAUUACGUAUACAACGGGACAGUAGUCAGAAUCACACUUUUCCCAGAAAAUUCUAAAUUAUCUUUUUCAUUUGACUUUACAUCGACCAAAUUAACAUUCCUACUGUUACUAUCAUUCCUAUCAUUUGGCUACAUGAUCUAUGAGCCAUCGGAGUACACAGAUUCCAAUUUCUACAAAGAAAAUUACGUUUUUUCUGACAACAUCAUUACUUUUCCAAAAAAGAAGCGAAACAUGUUGAUAAUCAUGUUAGAAUCUGUCGAGAACACGUUCGGAUCGAAGCAGAACGGUGGCGCAUUCGAUGAAUCCCUUAUUCCGCACUUAGAAAACAUCUCUUUAGACCCGAAAAACAUUCAUUUCACUGAUAUCGAAGGAAAACUCGGCGGAAUCAAUGUUUUGAGGCCAACAACGUAUUCACUUGGUGCUACAUUCGCAAUGUUAUGUGGUGCUCCUACAGGGAAACCACACAAUCCAUCUGUUUCUUACAGAGAACUCAUGUUUUACCCGCAAAUGAAAUGUCUUGGAGACAUAACAAAGAAAAACGGUUAUGUCAACAUGGCAACGUUCGGAACACACUUUGGAGACUUGAAUCACGGGUACGUGUACACCGCUCAUGGCUUUGACAGGAAGGAUGUCUAUUCCAAGUCAGAAACAGACCCUUUCGCGUGGAAAUGGGUGCAUGAUUACGUACAAAUCCAAAAUGUGAAGAAACAUCUGACGAAACUUGGUCAAUCUGGAAGUCCUUUCUUCUACGUGUACACUACAAUGGAUACUCAUUCACCUGGUUUGAGAUGUAAAUAUUGUAAUGUCACAUCUAACGCAAUUAAGGACACAAAUAGGUGCAAUGACCGCCAAAUAUAUGAAUUCCUUGAGUGGCUCAAACAACAGAGCUAUUAUAAUGAAACUACGAUCUUAAUUGUGGGUGACCACUUAAUUAUGAACGAUUACGUAAAUGGUCACUGCGAUAAUCUCGGUUAUGUUCGUAGAAAACCGAUUUUGACGAUAAUUAACUCUGUUGUACAGCCAAAAACAAGGAUUAGACCAAAAGCACUGAUGUUCGAUGUAUAUCCGACUUUACUUGCUGCAUCCGGGGUCCAGAUAAAUGGUAAUAAGCUGGCACUUGGAGCAAACUUGUUUUCUGAAGAAAAAACAAUUUAUGAAUUAUUUGAUGGAAUGUAUUUGAACGAGGAAAUGAGGAAACAGUCAAAGUGGUAUAUAGAGAAGGUCUGUGGAACGAAAGUUGAUGACUCUGAACUGAACCUUGAAGGAAAUUUGACAAUUUCCCAAAACUGA